AUGGCUAGAACACAACCACAAGCAAAGCGUAGACCAGCUGCAGUGAAAAAAUUACCAAGAUGGAUCACUCCAUCAACAACAAGCACACCCACGGCUAUAAAAACUAGACCUGGUGAUCCUAUAAGACCAUCAAAACCAAGAAGAUACAAACCUGGCACUGUAGCUUUAAGGGAGAUCAGACAGUAUCAAAGGACAACAAAUCUCCUUCUCAGAAAAUUGCCUUUUUCUAGAGUGGUUGCCAUGGAAAUACUUGAGCCAGAUUCUCAGGUGGGAUUUAGAUGGCAAUCAACAGCUAUUUUGGCACUUCAAGAAGCCACUGAAGCAUUUUUGAUUCAUUUAUUUGAGGAUGCAAAUUUGUGUGCCAUCCAUGCUAAAAGAGUUACAUUAAUGCAAAAAGAUAUUCAGUUGGCCAGAAGAAUUAGAGGAGUAUGGGGAGGACUUGGAUAG